GGCCACUGGCUCGUCCAGCAAACGUUCAAGGUCCGAGAACAACAACAGCCCGUCCCACGGUAAUCUGAACUCGAUGAACGCGAGUGCACGAGACGAGCCACCUACCAAGAAGUCACGUGGUACAUCGACGAACGCGACUAAAGCGACAUCUUCGUCGUCUUCGAACGCGUCCUCGUCUCCUGAGACGAGUCCCUCGUCAAAAAAUCGUGGUGGUUCCGUGUCGAGAUCCGGAAACGCGCAAACGAAAACGUCCACGACAUCGGUAUCCACGUCGGAUGCUGUGUCCAAUAACAGUGUGCUAUCCAGUAGUUGGCAAACCACGAACAUGUCCGAUGUGUCUACGUACGCUUCCGUGGCUGGAUUGAGCAUGGCCUCGAGUCCAACCGCCGGUCUAUGCGCUGGUAGUCUUAGCAUGCCUACCCCGAUACCCUAUAUGUCUUCGUCUAUGGCCACGUUCGUGGGAAACGCGACGAACCUGGGCAAGAGCUCGUCCGUCUCGUAUCUGGACAUUUCGAAUAUGACCGGUGGUUCGUUGAGCUCGGCCGCUUCCGGAUUGAACAAUGCCUACGUCGGGAAUGGAAACGGUGGUAACGCGAUGGACUCGAAGAACGGCGUGCCCAUGCCGUUCUCUGGAAUCGCGGCUGGUGUAAACGGGACCGGCUACGGGAUGCAAAAGGGACAACCGGAGAACACGAGUCUGCCGAAGAAGUUUCAAAACGAUAGUAUGUUUAACGCGUAUCAACCGUGGGUGAUCAAAACGUACGGUGAUUUGGCGAAGACUAAGACGAUCACGAUUAAAAAGUACGCGCGUAUAUUGCGAACAUUGAGAGGUGAGGAAGUGAACAGUGCGGAGAACAGUAAAUUUCGAUUCUGGGUGAAGAGCAAGGGGUUCCACAUCGGGCAGCCGGAAGGAUACGACGCGAAACCGGCGGACAGGAUUAUCGGACGUCACGCGGUGACGAGUCCCGGAUUGGAUCCACCGUUGUACGUGCCCACACAGUUGCCGCAUAACAAGACGUUAAACGGCGCCGAGGGUACCGUUCCACCCGGAAGAGUGUAUAAGAAAGUCGCGAUCGUGGAGAACUUCUUCGACAUUAUUCAUGCUGUCCAUGUUGACCUUGAGGGUCGUCCAGGGAAGCAUGCCGGUCAAAAGAGAACGUACAGAACGAUCACGGAAACGUACGCGUUCCUACCCCGCGAGGCCGUAACGCGAUUUCUCUUGGGGUGCACGGAAUGCCAACGGCGUCCACGUACCCCGAGCCCGACCAAUUUGUCCAAUCAAUCGCAGCAGCAGCCGACUGGGACGCC